AUGAAUAAAUCUGAGGGACAAUCGGACGGUACGAUAGCGUGGGUCAACCAUACGUUUCACGCGUGCAAACAAUUGCGUGACGUCUAUGUGGUAGGGAUUUGGGAUUUGGUUGAUAACAUAGAGUUUGGCGACGAUUUGUGUGAAGUAUUGUUGAGUUAUCUGUCAUUUGAGGACCGAUUCCGCACGGCGCUUGUACCGAUUGAAAGGCACAGGUAA